CGAUUCUGCAUCUGCUACUACGUGGAAAUUAGAAAAUGGCACCUUUGUGAUCUUGAAAGAAUUCUCGUUAAAGACAAGAUUCAUCAACCAGAAUGUUCUGGAACCAUACUUCCUCAUUAGAAAUUUUACCUUCACGUAUGGUGAUAUCUCACCUGGUCGACAAAACUUACAAGACGCCCGUAAAUUUUUCAAGUCGUCGCCGCCUAGCUACACACCAUCAUAUUAUUUGGAUAUUGGUUUAUGGACACCACCAAAAUCACUCGAUGAAUUUUUGAUUUCUUCUCUUCCGCAAGAUCCUAUUCCCAAGAAAUCUGAAAUCUCUCGAGAACCAUCCGCAGGAAUACUGAAAAGUAAAUAUCCCAAUAUCGUGACCUUGAAAGAAUUUCUCAUGAAAACCUGGGAACUCGAUUCGAAAACAUUUGCUAAAGGUGAUGAUACAGACGAAUACAGAAAUUUCUUGAACACGACUUAUGUUGAAUAUGAUUCAAAGUUCGACACAAUUCGUGAUUCUUUUGUCAAAUCGCUUGAUGGAGAAUUGAUUAAUAGCUUAAAAAAGGCUGUACUUGCUGUUGUCCAUUCUCUUUUGCGACAAUACAAUCCUCAAAAUAUGAAGGAUUAUGACACCACAAAUGUCUUAAUGCGGGGAUAUUGGACUGGGAAUGUUCAAAAUGGGAUAAUUAAUCAUUAUCCAAAUACCAUUAUCGGAAAUCUGAUACAUUCGGAGAAUUGGUGCACUCUCUAUCAAAGGAUCGGAAAAUACAAAUUUGUUUCUCUGUUAAGAUGGACUUCCAUUUUUGUCUAUUUACGUAACGAUUCUUAUUAUCAAGUUUCAGGUAUCCCAUUUGAGACUGUUAAUCCGCCUCGGUUAAAAAAACGAGUACGCGAAGAAAGACUGAGCGAAUUUUCGAGAAAAAUGCCUCGAUUCGAUCAACAAGUCCAAAGUAUUGAAAGAUCCUUCUCAGCCGUGAUAUUUAAGCGUGAUUAUAUAUUUUAUAGACGAGCUAUACCAUCUAAAUCUAGUUGCCACAACAAUGUAUGGCUAGGUUUACCAUCAAAUCAUAUCUUGGCAAAGGUAAAACGGAAAAAAGAAGGAUACGAUUCAAAAUAUGUACUGUCACAAAUCUUUAAAGAAGAAUUCGAAUUAACUAGUAACAUUAAAACUUUCGAUGAUGGGUUUGAUUGUGAACAUGAGGAUAAAGCCACCGCUCUCGAAUGCCUUCAACCGGCUUUGGCGUUAAUACAGAAAAUGAUCUCUUCACAUAAGCGAAUCCAUUACUCUACUUAUUUGAAAAACGUUUGUCCUGUCAAGUUUAAAAAUAUAGAAUCAGGAAUCCCUAAAGAAGUGGCUACUUCUUUUGAACAAGUUUCAAACUUUGCUCAAGGAAUUCUUAAAAUGUUGAUACCUGCAGAAUUUUGGGGUUGUCAGCAUAAUCAAAACGUAGUGUUUAAUGCUGUAGAUCGAUUCAUUCGUCUCGGCAAGUUUGAAAAAAUGACAUUGCAUUAUGCUCUUCAGUGCUUCAAGACGAAACGCUGUACAUGGAUAAAUUCCCAUGAUCCGAAGAGACGUGCUCGCAUUAUAUCUGAAUUCAUUCUUUGGAUAUUUGAUGGGCUUGUGAUCCCGCUACUCCGCACAAAUUUUUACAUAACUGACACCCAAUCAGAAAAAAAUCUCGUUUAUUACUUUCGGCAAGACGUUUGGAAAGAAAUCACGAGAAUGGAAUUUGACCGAUUCCUAGAGACAAACUUCAAGAAAAUGUCACAGGACAAAGAGGUCAUAGUCUCUACUGUGCGUUUCGUGCCAAAGACAAAUGGAUAUCGACCAAUAGUCAAGAUGACAAAUAGACGAAAACAAUAA